CAAUCCAAUUCCAACAACUUUCUUCUUCCCAAAACCACAUUAUUCAUCCAUUUUUCAUCAUUUUCCCCAAUUUUUCGAUUUUUUUGGCGUAAAAAUUCCAUGAUUACAUGAUCAUUCCCACCACCUUCUUAAUCCCAAAACUAAUCACAUUAAUUUCAUCAAUCGAUCGAUCAAUCUGAUCAUCUCUCUCCACCUUUCUUAAUUUGAUUUUUUGUUUCGUUCAAACGAUUCAUGGCUACAUGAUUUCGAUCGACAAUGGCGCCGAGAAAAUUGAAUCCAAACGGAUAGAGAUCGCAGAGAUCAUGUAUGCAUAUAAAUGCACGCAGAGUUUCCGCGAUAAGAGAGGGAAGGAGAUAGUAAUUAGAGAGGGAAACGGUGGAUGCGAAUGGGGAGCUACAAUUAUUACAAGAUGUUCGGUUGCUUCAACCGGAAGUUCAAAAUCAGCGAGUCGGAGCCGCCGCCGGACGUGAAGGAGGCGUUCUGGCGGUACUCGGCGGGGGCACAGCAGAUGACGGCGGAGCAGCUGCUCAAGUUCAUGGUGCAGCACCAGGAGGAGUACAAUUGCACCGCCGUGGACGUGGCCGACAUUAUGCGGCACGUGUUCCACCGGCGCCACCACGAAUUGGAGAUGCCGAGCCUCAGUUUCACACUCGAGGACUUCUUCUACUUCCUCUUUCAAGAUGAUCUCAAUGGCCCUAUCAAUCCCCAGGUACACCAUGACAUGACUGCUCCGUUGCAUCAUUAUUUCAUAUAUACAGGUCACAAUUCCUACUUAACCGGGAACCAGUUGAGCAGUGACUGUAGUGAAAUCCCUAUCGCAAAAGCUCUUGAAAACGGUGUGAGGGGGAUUGAGCUUGAUUUAUGGCCCAAUUCUACCAAAGAUAGUGUGCAUGUGCUUCAUGGAAGAACGCUUACGGCUCCAGUUCCCCUCUUCAAAUGCUUCAAGUCUAUAAAAGAGCAUGCCUUUGUUAAGUCGCCGUAUCCUGUCAUAAUCACGUUAGAGGAUCAUCUCACUCCGAACCUCCAGGCUAGAGUGGCGGAGAUGGCGAUUCGAAUUUUUGGAGACUUGUUGUAUUGCCCCGAAUCAGGAUACACGGAGGACUUUCCUGCAGUUGAGUCCUUGAAGUAUAAGAUUAUACUCUCGACAAAGCCACCUAAGGAGUAUCUCGGUUCCAAUCAUAGCAAGGAAGGAGAAACCUCCUCACCAAAGUAUAAAGAUUUUUCUGAUGACGAGACUGAAGCUGAAUCCGAAGCUGAUGAUAAGCUAGAAAGCGACAGUGAUUAUGAGGAUUACGACAACUGUGGUAGAACAUCGGGCAAUGUGGCAGCACCGGAGUACAAACGUCUGAUUGCCAUUCAUGCUGGGAAUGCCAAGAAGAAGUGCUUGAGGCAGGUGCUGAGAGUCAGAAUUGACAGAGCUAGACGGCUUAGUUUAAGCGAGCAAGAGCUUGAGAGGGCUGCAUCCUUGUAUGCUAGCGAUGUCGUGAAGUUCACACAAAAGCACUUGUUAAGGGUGUUUCCUAAGGGCACGCGGGUAACUUCAUCAAAUUUUGGUCCAAUCAUCGCGUGGAUGCACGGAGCACAGAUGGUCGCGUUUAAUAUGCAGGGAUACGGAAAAGCUCUUUGGACGAUGCAUGGAUUUUUCCGGGCGAAUGGAGGCUGCGGUUAUUUCAAGAAACCACAUUUGCUUAUGAGCAAGAACUCAAACGGCGAUGUGUUUGAUCCCAAACUGCCAUGGCCUGUGAGGAUGACAUUAAAGGUGGUCGUGUACAUGGGAGAUGGGUGGCGUCUGGAUUUCAGCCACACGCAUUUUGAUACGUACUCACCACCGGACUUCUACACGAAGAUAUACAUCAUCGGUGUGCCACUAGAUGCCGCCAAGUGUAAAACGAGGAUAAUAGAAGACGACUGGGCGCCUUACUGGGAUCAAGAGUUCACUUUUCCAUUAAGAAUUCCUGAGCUAGCUCUCCUGCGAAUAGAAGUCCGCGAACAUGAUAGAUCGGACAAGGAUGAUUUCGGAGGGCAGGCGUGUUUACCGGUGUCGGAGUUGAGACCGGGCAUUCGAGCAGUUCCACUAUAUGACAGGAAGGGUCGGAAAUUCAAAUCUGUUAGGCUUCUUAUGCGGUUUAGGUUUGAAUGAAGUGUAUUUUUGUUCAAAUUUGUGUACAUGUAUUUUUGUAAAAUUUACUCAUUUUUUACUCUUUCUGAAUUUUGAUUCU